GGCCUCCGGAGGACCUUCGCAUCUUCGAGGUCUUCUUCGUCCGGUCGGUUUCGCUCUGCGCCAAAGACUCCCCUCUCUCGGGUGCGGCUCUCCCACUUUCUCAGAGGCAGACCAAGGCCGGCUCGGGCACUUCGGGUUCGGGCAGUCCGGUUCGAGUCUCCGACACGACUUGUGCGUUUUAUAUCUGUGAUUUCCGAAGGAAUUUUAUGCGCCGUCGUUGUGCCCUGCGAGUGCAGCCUCCACCCGCGACAUGCAGCUCGUCACUGCCUGGGUCUUCCUCCUCUUCACCUUCUUCGCCCGCCCCUCCGAAUGCUUGACAAUAAUUCCUUCUGAAGAUGAGUUGAUUAUGCCGAGCGGUUCAACAUUGCAGCUCACAUGUAUACACACGGAAGCCAUUACAUGGGUCAUAGAUUUAACACAAAAUCUUGUAAAAGAUGACAAAUCUGAGAAGAGAUGGAAUAUUACAAGUACUUAUAGUAAUAAUACUUACACCAAAACGUUCACUUUAAAGAAUUUGAAGUACUCGGAUACGGCAUACUAUACGUGUGUUUCUCUGAAUAAUAUUAAUGUAUCCCAACAAAUAUACAUCUUUGUAACAGAUAAAAAACACCUUCUCGUAAUAGAUGAUAGUUUCAGUAUCAUGCAUUUCAAUGCAGAAAAGGAUAAAGAUUUGAUCAUUCCAUGCAAGCCUACAUCUCCUCACAUUAAAGUCACUCUGACCAAUCAAAAUAAUAUGGUUCAGGUUGGUAAAUUUCGAGGGAUGGAAGUUGAAUAUUUUAAUACAAUAGGAUAUAUACUAAACAAUAUUAGACCAAGAAAUACUGGGGAUUAUUUUUGUAAGGCACAAGACGAUGAAAACAGACAUCAAGAAGUAAUAAUACACCUCGCAGUCACCAGUAUAUCAGAUAUUCCCACUCCGACCAUAGAAUUGAACGGAAACCAAGAGAAGAGCAACGUUAUCGUUGGGGAUAAAGUUGUAUUGAAAUGCUCUGUUGAAGUAGAUGUGACAGUCAUGAUUCGAAUGUUUUGGGAGAUAAACAGUGAAAAUAAUGACCAUAUAAAAGAUGUUGACAACUGGAAUAUUGAAGACAGCGUUCAUCCAGUAUAUGACAAAGAUGGGAAUGUAAUGACAAAAACUGGAUACUCGACAUUAACUAUUAAUAGGACCUCAAAAUCGGACGAAGGCACAUACGUGUGCUUUGUUAGAGACCAACUCGAAAACGAAGUAUCAGCUAAUUAUACUCUUCAGGUUUUAGAACACGAUGUAAACUAUUUGGAUUUGAAAAUACUUAAUGGAAACUCAACAAUUUAUGUUAAACCUGGUAGUUCUGUGGCGACCUGGUAUGUUAAAAUCGAUGCGCAUCCUCCAGCUGCAUUCAACUGGUUCAGCCCAAAAGAUGAAAUUUUGACUACAACAUCAAAGUUUGAAGUCAUAAAAACACCAUUCGGUACUAAUGUAACUAUAAAGGGUAUAUCAGUCGUUGAUAAUGGAGUUUACAAGUUAGUUGCUAAUAGUGGAACUCUGUAUAAAACCCUAGAAGUAACUGUUUUGGUUGAGGGUGAACCAGUUGUAGAACUGUCCCUGAGUAAAACUGAAUUUAACCUUAACGAUCAUGGCUUAAUAAUUUGCUCAGUCAGUUCUUACCCAAGGGCUAAAGUGACUGCGACAUUUCAAUACUGCGAAGACUAUCAAAUAUGCGAUACAAGUCCACAAGGAAACAUAACCCAACUAACUUUAAACAAAAAUUGUCCUUCAGAUUUCCAUUGUUAUUAUACUUCAAAAUUUCACGCUAAAGAGGUCGGGAAAAUAAACUGUACUGCUUGCAACUAUUUAGGAUGUCAUCACAGCAGAGUCAUUAUCAAUAUUACUGAUAUCCCAAGAGGCUUUGCAAUUUUAAAGCCUACCCUUCCAUUACUUACAAACGAAAGUUUGUCGUUAACUUGUGGCGCUGCUGCAUAUAAGUAUCACGAUAAAUUCAAUUGGUACUUUCAAACUUCAGUUGACAAUGAACCAAAAUUAUUAUCAAAUAAUUCUGAAAUAGUAAUAUCAAAUCCUGUAUCAUCAGCAUUCUCUCAUAGAUCUGUACUGAAAAUUGAUAGGCUGACAAAUGAUUUUUCUGGAUUGUACUCUUGUCAAGCUAUUGAUUUUGUGAAUAAAAAGGAAAACGUGACAAGUUUGUAUGUUGAUGUUGUCGAUGGUGUGGCUCCAUACUUUACUGGCAAUGAAAAGAAUUUUACCAAAUACCGACUUCGAAUUGGCGAUGAAUCAGUGUGGAACUGCUCGAUUGUUGGUGUGCCACAACCAAUCAUAUAUUGGUUUAAAAACAAAAGCCGCAUUGACCACAACAGUUCGUCCCUCCAUUUACUUCGCAACAAUAGAACAUUAAAGAUAUCUUUUGUUAAACAAAACGAUUCAGGAGUGUACACAUGCAUCGGAGGGAAUAAACUUGGUACUGUACAAGCAAAAUUCAAACUAACUGUAGAAUUGCAAGCAGAAAGCUUAGUUUGGCUGUGGAUUCUCCUGGCAUGUUUGAUAUGCAUUGCGGUGGUAUUCUUUUUCAUAAUGGUUUUACUUUUAAAGAGAGUAAAAAAAGAAAAGGAUCUAAGGAAACAGUUGGCAGAAGCAGGUUUAAGUAGCUUUUUAGAGGGCCAGACUGAAAGUUUGAAUCCAGAUUUGGGCAUUGCCGAGCAGGCGAACCUUUUGCCUUAUGACAGAAAAUGGGAAUUUCCGAGACACAAUUUGCAAAUAGGGAAACAAGUAGGAAGUGGUGCUUUUGGUGUUGUUAUGAAAGGAGUCGCUCAUGGUAUUCGCGACAAUGAAGAAAGCACUAUUGUAGCAGUGAAAAUGAAUUCAGAUUGGAACAACGUUAAAGAACUUGCCACAGAACUGAAAAUAAUGGCAUACCUUGGGCAACAUUUGAAUGUUGUGAAUUUACUUGGUGCUUGUACAGCAAAUUUACACAAAAAGGAGCUGCUAGUAAUAGUAGAAUAUUGCCCAUAUGGAAAUCUCCAUAAUUAUCUACUAAAAAACAGAAAUGUUUUUGUAAAUCACCUUAGAGAAGGAGAAGUAAACCCGAACGUUUACCACAGGUUUUAUAAGACAAGAUCUGUAUUCUCCACAUCAACAGAUACGGAUGCAAACAUUCAAAGCAACGGCACCUGCAUGACUCAAAUAACUUCAGACGGUGCUAAUCAAACUGUCGAAGGAACAGACAAUCCUGCUGCUGUCACAGUUGACACUGCAAUAGGUGACGAUGGUUAUUUAUUGAAUAAAGAAAUGGAAGAACUUGUAAAGAAAAGUGAAGAAAGAGCACCACAUAAGAAUAUAUAUACAUCCGAUCUUCUUUGCUAUUCUUACCAAAUAGCAAAAGGAAUGGAGUAUUUAGCUUCUAGAAAGGUUCUUCAUGGGGAUCUUGCAGCAAGAAACAUACUACUUGCUGAAAAUAACAUCGUCAAAAUAUGUGAUUUUGGUUUGGCUAAAAAUAUGUAUGAUAAAGAAAAUUACACUAAAUCAGGAAAUCCAAAAUUGCCAGUCAAGUGGAUGUCCAUCGAGGCCAUCAGAGAUCGAAUUUUCUCAACACAGUCUGAUAUCUGGGCAUAUGGUAUAACUCUGUGGGAAAUAUUUUCACUCUCGAAUACCCCAUAUCCUGGAAUUCAAAUGGGGGGAGACUUGUUCAACUCACUACUAGGGGGGUACAGAAUGGACAUGCCUCCUUAUGCAACUAUAGACAUUUACAAUUUAAUGCUGGAGUGCUGGCGAGAGGAACCCACGUUGAGGCCUUCGUUCACCGAAUGCUCGGAAAGGAUAGGAAACAUGCUACAGGAGAAUGUCAGACAGCGCUACGAGACUUUAAAUAACCCAUACCAAGAAUUAAAUAACAAACUGUACCAGCAAGCGGACUAUGUACAAAUGUUCAACCAACCGAAUUAUGUAAAUGUCUCCGAAGGCGUUGAAGCGCCAGUUCCUAGUACACCACCUGGAUAUUUGCAAAUGGCGAGAACUCCUUCAAUACACGAAGAAGAAGUCGAAAUGACCCCUAUGUUGAAAGGUAACAAGCCAACUUGAAAUUGUAAGCAACUUGACUUAAAAAGCUUAUUACUUUGAUUUUAACCUACGAAGCUGUCACAUGGGGUACAAAUUGGCUUCCAUUUUUAUAACAAAUUUUAUACCAAUUUUUACAAUUUCACAUAAUUAGGAAAAUCAGUGAUAAAUUGAACAUUUAGGAUGUAUAACAAUUGUCUGUUGUUAGAUUUCGAUUCGUUCAUAUUGUGAUCCCAAGGGGUGUCAGACGCUUUAUGUACCAGCAGAAGGCGUAGU